CAGUAGACCAUUGUCAGUUUUAUAGUGUUACUUUUAUAAGUUUACAACAUAUUGUGAAAAUAUUGUAAGAAAUAGAAAUUAAAGGAGGCUUUAAAACAAAUGAUUCAAACACAACUGCAACUGACUAGAACAGACUUCCAGGAAGCAUUAAAAGGGAAAUCCUUAUGCUUCCCCUGGGACCAGUUAAGUUGGCAAGAUACAUUUAAAUACAGGAAUAAAUGACUUGUCCUGGAGAAAACGCUAACACACCAAAGGUAAUCAACGAUAGAGUAAAGGUUCCCUACUUUAUCCCUCUCAGGAUAACAGCUUUGUCAUCUCACCACUCGUAACUUCGCCUACUAACUUGUAAUCACCGCCACUACUCUCAAAAUGCCGACAAUCAUGUCUAAAUUCCUCUCAAAAACCGAACUAACUCUCAACAUCAAUCGCACCAUCCUCUCCAGAGCCCUCUUCUCUGCCGCCCUCUUCGCUUUCAUCUACAAGUUCGUAUUCCCCCAAAUCGUCCGCAGGGACCCCACCACCAGCAACAAGAAUCCAGUCGAAGAGAACAUCCAAGGGCAGAAUGACCCCAAACCCAAGCUGUCGAAGCGGCAGUUCCUGCGUAACGCCAUCCCCGCGUUUGCCCGACAGUUACUUCGGCAGUUCUCCACGAUUAUACCUAGCUUUUUCAAUGACGAAGUCAGACCGAUGGUAAAAAAGGAGGAGUUGUAUGGAAAAUCCGAGAAUUCAAGGGAAAUCAGUUGGUCGCGAAAGACUUUCAAAAAACGCUCUGGGACGACCGAUAAAGGAAAGGAUUACGAACUUUACUUUCUCGCAUAUAUGGCAUUGAAACUUACUCAAAAUGAUAAGAUAAAUAAUUUUCUGAUAUCGUCUAAUAAUGGGGAUUUCGGCGACUUUGACGACGUUGUUUUGGAAAUAGACAAUCCUGGAGAAACAUAUGCAAUACAACUAAAACAUGUGCAGAGAAGUAAAUCUAUCAGUUUAGAAGAGCUUACGACGGCAAGCCCCAAAGCAAAUUUUGGAAUAACAAAAUAUUUUAAAUCUUUUAAAAAAGAAGCAGCAUUGAAAAAAUGCAAGUUAUUUUUAAUGACGAACAUUGACCUAGGCGUCCACGGUACCUUUUCCAUAAACACUAUCGAUAAGCAAGAGAUUAAGGUAGAAGUCAGAGAAACAGAGUGCCCUCUUGACAUAUUUAACAUAUCGCAAAAAGCAAAAUGCUACCAAUUCCAAAUUUUAGAAAGUGAUAAUGUCGAAGAAUUGACAAACGAAGUACGCGACUAUAAAACUUUCUUCGAACAUUUUUUUAUUUAUUCGAAACAACUGAACCUAGAUGAACUGAAAAAAACAAUUAUAUCAGAAUUUGAACUUCUGGUUCCCGAGACAGCAAGAGACGUGUAUCCCCAAUAUAUUAUAUCUUUUAUUAGAGAAUGGAAUACAAUUGAGAAAGAAAAAGAAAAACUCGAUAAAAUAAUGAUGGAACGAUUGUUGGUUCUCCAAAUCGCCACUCCUUCAAUUUGUAGUCUGUCAUUCGAAACAACAAAUAAUAACUCAGAAAAUACUAAGUAUCUACAACAAGCAAUUUCCAAAUUUCACCUGACUGUUUUUAAAAGUGAUUCAUACGAAAAAGUUCGAAGUUUAUGGAGUAAUAUAAAGGACGACUUUAAUAACAAGGCGUCUAUUAAUGAGUUAAACGAAGUCGGAAAGAAAUACCGUAUUAAAAUGGAACCUGUGAAAAAGAUCAGCGAGUUGACUGAUACUGAAUGUGCUAAACUCCUUUGGUUGAUGAAUAAAUGUCCUUUAAUUUUAAAAGAAAGUGUGUGUGUAUACAAAGCUAUAAACAUCUGUAAAGAUCGAACGUUUGUACUGCUUACAACAAAUUUCAAAGAGAAAGAAGUGGUCAACGGUUCAGCUUUUGCUCAUCUGUCCAACAUUGAAGACAACGACGAUUUGACAAAUUUGAAGACGAAAUUUGAAUGCCAGAUCAAAAGUCAAAGAAUCAAGUUAGAAGAACUUAUUAAAGAUGACAAAAAAUUCCGGGAGUUGAUAUCUACAGAUAUAUUAUUAGAAAUGGUUCAGGGGCCUUAUGAGGUUCAAGAAUCAAAAGAAACCACUCAAGAAUUGGAAACAGAAACGUGGAACAACUAUGUUAGUCGAUAUUUGAGUAGAACCUUCGUAGAUAGCAAGUAUUUAGAAAACAUUAAAAGCGAUACAACCAUUUUAGUGUCUUCCUUAAACGAUGAAAAUAUUAAUUGUCUUAAGGGAAUGCUAGAAUUACCACAUAAUGUUAACAGUAAUGAACAUGUUACCUCUCCAAACGAAGAGUAUGAAGUUCUCACAGACAAACCCACAAUAUAUGUCAGCAAGUCCAAAAUUUCCAGUCAAGAUUUUCGAAAAUUUUGUGAAGAUCGAAAUAACGUAAAAAAUUGCCACCACUUUAAGUUAGAUCAUGAAGACAAAACCUUGGAGUGGAUCCAAACAAAAGGUGACAUUUCUGCGUUACAACAAUUUCGUAUUUAUGGCAAGUCUGGGAAGAAUAUUGCAGAAACUGAACUUUCUGAGCUGCACACCGAUAAUAAUUUGCACGUAAUAGCUGACGACCCAGGAAUGGGAAAAACAUACUUUUUGAAAAAACUAAAAAGGGAUGCUUCACUCUUUGCAAUUGUUAUAUCUCGCAAAGAUAUUUUGUCUUUUUAUGCAUCUGGACAAAGUAAAACUCCAAUGGAAGACUUCCUGAUAAAAUCGAAAUUUAAUAUUCGAACAGAUUUUGAUAGUUGUUUUCUAGAAUAUAUGGCAAAGAGGGGACGAAUUAUGUAUCUGUGGGACGGCUUAGAUGAAAUACCUAAAGCCGCUUUAACUGAAGUCAUUGAUACUAUUUUAAGAAUUGCUAAGGGUCCUUCAAUACAGUGGAUAACUUGUCGCACACAUUUGGAAAAACUACUUGAAGAAAAACUUGGUGUGUUGUGCAAACGGACGAUUCGGUUAACAAUUGAUCAACAACAACAGUACAUGGAAAAAAGUUUAGAAAGAAGAGAGAAAUCGUUCGCCCAAAUAUCUAAAAAAAUUAUUUUUGCUGGCCACCAAGACAUGUUUGGAAAUCCACUACAGCUGUUUAUAAUAACUAUGUUACUUAAAAAUAACUUCGAAAAAUACUCUACGAAGUUAGACAAUUUGAAAGUUAUUACUAAUUUGUAUCGGUACUUCGUUGAAGAAAAAUUUCGUUUAAGUAAUCAAGAAAAGGCUGAACUGAAGAUUGCUGCCGAUCAAUAUCAGCAACAAGUUUUUGAAGAUAGCAAAAAAGCUAGAGCGAAAGAUUAUCAAGAAGCAGCUCUCAAGAUCCUUUUAGACGAAAACACUUUCAAUCAGCUUAACCUCAACUGCGAUGAUUUUUUAUCAGAUAUUGCUUCAAAGGGAGAUUAUGCUGGAUUUAUAAGUAGUGUAACAGAAAACAAAUAUCCUAUAUUUGUAAACAAUUCUUAUGUUGAAUAUUUCGCUGCCGAUUAUCUGGUAAACAAUCGGAAAAACAUUCCAAACACCGAACUUAUAAUUUCUAACGUUAAACAUGGCAAUGUUCGCUUGUUCUUCGAUAUGAUGUUAGCGCACAAGUGUCCUGCCCAUAUUGCAGUAUUGGAUCAAGAUUUAAAAGCUUUGAAGCAGUACGGCCGUGAAGAAUUGUGCAGAAAAGAUGACGAAGGAAGAAAUGCUUUACAAUUGGCUUGUACUCGGGGACCACGCUUCCCUGUUCUGCAGAUUGUAAAAAGAAAUAAGACUUACUGUAUUGACGAUUAUUCAGAUUAUAGUUAUGAAACAAACACGAAGUAUGAAGAAAUUUUAAAAUAUUUAUUAAGUCAUUUUCAGAAGCAGGAAUUGGUUGAUAUGAACUGCCUUUCUUAUGCCCAAAAAUAUGACUGCUUAUUUGUCGUGGCUACAAUAAUUCAAACAUGCAGAACGAAGUUUACUACAGUAAGUGACGAAACCGUCUGCAGUAUUUUAUACUAUUGUGUAAAAUAUGAACGAAGAGAUAUUAUCAGUCUGUUAGAGAAGAGCGAACACGUUUUAAACAUCGCUUCAUCUGCAAAGCAGUGGCUAUUUUUUGCCUGUCAGAACGGAGACGAAAAAUUUGUGAACAUUUUGCUUGAUUUUGGAAUGGACCUGAAUUGUGUGGAUGAAGAUGAACGGACACCUCUAUAUUUAGCUGCAUCUAGAGGGCACGACCAAAUUACAAAACUUUUACUCGACAAAGGAGCCAAACUUGAAACUCUCUGUCAUAAUAAAAAUACAUUGCUUCACGCAGCAUGUGAAAGCGGUAACGAGGUGCUUGUGGAGGAUUUCCUAAAACGAGGACUGAACAUAAACGCAUGCAAUGUCGAGGACAUCACACCCCUUCAUUUAGCAUGUUUCAACGGCUCUGAAGAGGCGGUGAAGGUGUUAAUUAAUCAUAAAGCUAAUCUUAGCGCCAUUGAUAAAGAUGGUCGCUCACCACUCUAUUUAGCUCUACUUGAGAAUAAACGCAAAACUGCUAGUUUGUUGAUUGAAUCUGGAGUCGACGUCAAUGCCGUAAACGAAGAAGGCAGAACGAUGUUACAUUUGGUAUCCGAAACUGGUCACACCGAAAACAACCAGGAAAGAAUUGUCACAGGAUUAGUAAAAUUCGGAGCAGAAAUCAAUCGUGGUGAUCAUGAUGGUGGGACGCCGCUUUACGUAGCUUCCUGGAACGGUCACAAUAAAACUGUUGAAUGUCUAGUGAAAUGCGAAGCCGACAUCAAUCAUGCUAAUAAUGAUGAAGACACACCGCUUUAUGCAGCUUCCAAGAACGGCCACGAAGAAACUGUCGAAUGCCUAAUGAAAUAUGGAGCCGAAAUCAAUUGCCCUAAUAAAUAUGGUUGCACACCUCUUUACGCAGCUUCCGAAAAAGGCCACGAACAAGUCGUCGAAAGCCUAGUAAAAUACGGAGCCGAUAUUAAUAGCGCUGAUAAAGUUAAUCAGACACCGCUUUACAUAGCUUCCUCUAAGGGUUACGAAAAAACUGUGGAAUGUCUAGUAAAAUACGGAGCCGAAGUCAAUCGUGCUGAUAAUAGUGGCCGGACACCACUUUACAUAGCCUCUUGGAACGGUCACGCAAGAAUUGUCGAGUGCUUGGCAAAAUGUGGAGCCGAAAUCAAUUGUGCUAAAAAUGAUGGAUGGACACCGCUUUACGCAGCUUCAGUAAACGGUCACGAAAACAUCAUCGAAAGUCUAGUGAAGUACGGAGCCGAAAUUAAUCGAGCUGAUGAUGAUGGUCGGACACCGCUUUAUGUCGUUUGCCUAAAGGGUCGUCAAAAAACUGUCGAAUGUCUAGUGAAAUGGGGGGCAGACGUCAAUUGCGCUAAUAAAAAUGGUUGGACACCGCUUUAUGCCGCUUCUUUAAACGGCCACGAAAUAAUUGUCGAAAAUCUAGUGGAACACGGAUCUGAAAUCAACAGGGUUACUAGUGAUGGUAAGACACCGCUUGAUGCCGCCAUUGGGGGGAAUCGCAAGAAAAUAAUAAGCUUUUUGAAAUCAAAAGGUGCGAAGAGAAACGUCACAGAAGACACGGAUAACUGAAGGAGCAAGUGGAUGAAGGUGUUAAGUUACAAAUUGUAAAGAUUCCGAACAUUGAUGUUUAGUAAAGUAUUGUGUGAAUA